UGAUGCUGCCCGUGACCAAGUGGUUGUGGAAUCACGAAUUUUGGUUUCCUCCGGGACUCACCUGGGAGGACAUGAAAGACACCGACGAGGUCCACUACCCUCACCCCCAUCAUCUCCUCCUCUGCAUCCCUUUGGCUUUCCUCCUCAUCGUCGUGCAGCUGGUCGUUGAAAGGGUUGUUGGUCCACCCCUGAGCAGAAGAUUGGGACUACAGGAGAAAGUGCGAAGGAAACCUUCUCCGAAUGCCAUCCUGGAGUCCUUCUACAGCAAGCACCAAAAGGGACCAGAUGAGAGGCAACUGAGCGGUCUCGCCAAACAGUGCGACCUGCAGACCCGGCAGGUGGAGAGAUGGUUUCGAUCCCGGCUCAGGCAAGACCAGCCCAGCCUGACAAAGAAAUUCUGCGAAGCCUGUUGGAGGAGCCUCUGUUAUAUAAUUUCCUUCAUCAUAGGCCUGGCUAUCAUGUAUGACAAACCCUGGUCGUGGGACUUCCGCGAGUGCUGGACUGGGUACCCGCAGCAGCCACUCGAGCCUUCCAUCUAUGUCUACUACAUCAUGAAGCUUUCGUUCUACAACUCCCUGGUCAUCACCUCCCCUUUUGAAGUGAAGAGGAAGGACCACAAAAUGCAAAUUAUCCACCACGCUGCCACCAUCUUCCUCAUCAGCUUCUCAUACUGUGCCAACUACAUCCGCAUCGGCACCCUGGUCAUGAUUAUACACGAUGCUUCCGACUGUUUGUUGGAGCCCAACAAGAUAUUACACUACCUGAAAUGGCGCAGGGCUUGUGAAACUCUCUUCAUUGUUUUCUCCGCCGUUUACAUCUUCACCACCCUGGUGAUUUUUCCCAACAAGGUGCUCUACAACACAUACUACUACUCCAUGGAAAUAUACAAGCCCUUUUUGGGCUACUACUUAAUGAAUGGUUCCCUGAUGAUCCUGCAGCUGCUGCACAUAUUCUGGUCUUACCUUAUUGUCCGCAUGUUGGGCAGAUUCUUCGUCUGUGGCACGUUGGACAAAGACGUGAGGAGUGACUCAGAAGACAGCGAGAAGAGCGAAGAAGAGAUGGCAGAGGAGAAGGAAGCCAUGAAAAAUGGGUCGGUCCUGUUCAGCCUGAACAGCGGUGGUGGCUAUAUCAGCAAGACACCCCCUUGCAACUGAAUGGCAGCAGCCAUCCCACUAACGGCCAUCCCAAAAUCAGAUAGCCAGCUCCAGUAACUGACCAGCCCUGAUCAAUUGUGCUCCGUGCCCUUCUCAGCUUGCCCUUGUUCCUCGUAGGACUGGGAGGACAUAACCUUAGCGCAAUAGCCAGAUCUCUGCUUCCUCCGGAACUGUGCACGAUUUUUAUCCCAGGUUUUAUUUCAUGAGCUUGCAAUGGCCAGAGGAGAAAAAAGGGAUUCGGGAUGAAGUCAGUCUCGUUUGUUUUCUUUGGCCGGUCCGAAUGGCGGGUCAGUGGGUCUGAUGCGCUGCUCUUCGCUUAUAACCCACCUUGUAAAUAACUAGCUUUCUCUCCGAUGGCGUGGGGAACUGGAAAACGGGCAGCUGAUCCCCGAUCGAAACCGCCAGAGCCGGGAGAUGGUGAAGCUCCGAGAAGCGGCAGAGUCUCCUACAGCGCACAAGUCAGAAAUCCACAUGGGAGGCCAGAGAUCCAGUGCCUUGCUGGUGUGGUGGUGGUGGUGGUGGUGGUGAGUUCAGAUCCAGCCACAGGCUUAGGGUGAG